AGUUUCCCGCCGGCGGGGGUCUCAUCAGCUGAUGGGGCCGUGGACUGUGUAGACGGAUCAGGUGAACAAACACUGGAGCUUUUGUUUGCUGCUUCAGCCUCUUUUGUGGAGGAGCUUGUUUGUUCUCAGGGAGAGCGGCGGGAACAUGCGCAGAACGCCGCCGUGAGUCUGAACAGUUUUCCUGAGGAAGUCCUGAUUGACCAGAAACUGGUUAUGGAACAUGUUUGUCGGUUUGCUGUUAGAGAGACGGCUCACUGGAAUCAUCAAAGUGUCUGAAUUCCCCAGAGAAUCGAGAAAUGAAGCGUUUGUUUGAUGAUUUACAUUUUGGUUUUGAAGACCGUCGGAGGACAAAACCGAAGUCUCAGGAGAUCCAGGUGUUUUUUGAAACGUGGAUUUUAUUUUGAAGGGCACAGGAAGGAAGCCUAAUCUCCACAUGGUGAUUAUUACUGAAGGACUGUCUAAAGAACACAUAUCAAAGUCAAGGCCCGGGGGCCGGAUCCGGCCCUCCAGCCAGCUCGCUGGACUUCUUCAUGAGUGAUGGUGAAGAUGAAAGCUCCUUCCUGCCUCUGCCCUCCACCCCCUUCUCACAGCGCCCCUCUCUGACCGCCGAGCUCAGCGACGCCAGCAGCCAGCAGCUGCUCAUACAGACUCUGCAGGACAAAGUGUGCGAGUUUCAGUCCCGUCUUCGCUCCGAGGAAGUCGCCCGCCACCUGCUGGUACAGCAGCUGCAGCACAGCAUCCAGCCGAAGGCGGGCGGAGGCGUCCAGGCGCUGCAGGAGGAGCUGCGGUCGGCUGCGCCCAAUGGUGUGAAGCUGUUUCAGCCCAGUGAACCGUCGAGGACUUUCAGCUGUGCAGAAGAAAAGCAGCUUGUUAAGCAGCUGCACUCUCAGGUGAAGGAGCUGGAGGAGAAGCUGCUGGAUCAGACUCAGGAGGUGGAGAGACUCCGCUCUGAGCUGGGGGCGACAGACCUGGAGAAGCAGCUGGAGCGGCUGCUGGUGGAGAACCAACGGCUGAAGCAGGAGCUGAAGUCAUGCAGGUGCUCAGAGCUUCAGAAGGCGGAGUCGGCAGAAGCCUGCAGCCAGGAAGCGGGCGAUCUGUGGCGGGAGGCGUCCCGUUGGGAGAGCCGGGCCCGGCAGAGGGAGCAGCGGCUGCUGCAGCUGGAGCAGGAGCUGCAGGAGAAGAGCUGCAGGACGGAGCUCCUCCAGAGGCAGCUGGACGACAGCCGGAGGCAGCUGGACCAAUGGAAGGGCAGACAGGCGGAGGCGGAACAGAAGCUCCGCCUCCGCCUGCAGGAGUGUGAGGAGGGACUCGUCAGACAGGCAGCGACGGCCCCCAGAGUCCAGACGGUGGAGGUGGACUCGGCGGGGUCGCAGAAAGCCCUGGUGGACCUGCAGACGCAGAACGGCGCCCUGCAGGAGCAGCUGCGCGUGCAGAGGCAGCAGCUGCAGGAGCUGGAGACGCAGCUGCGCGAGUCGCAGAGGACGUGCACGCAGCUCCGGACUCAGAUCCUGGUCUACGAGGGCGAGAUGGAGCGAGCUCAGGGUCAGCUGGAGGCGGAGAUGCAGAACCUGGAGGAGGAGAAGAACCGCGUGAUCGAAGAGGCCUUCAUCCGAGCCGAGAGCGAAAUGAAGGCCGUGCACGAGAACCUGGCAGGUGUGCGCAUGAACCUGCUGAGCCUGCAGCCGGCGCUCCGGACUCUGACCUCGGACUACAACUGUCUGAAGAGGCAGGUCCAGGACUUCCCCUUCAUGCUGGACAAGGCCAUCGCCGAGGCCAAGCAGGAGAUCUGUCAGGUGAUCGGCGAGGUGAGCACCGCCAACCAGGAGCUGCUGCGCAAAUACCGGCGGGAGAUGAACCUGAGGAAGAAGUGCCACAACGAGCUGGUUCGGCUGAAAGGGAACAUCCGGGUCUUCUGCCGCGUCCGGCCCGUCAGCCAGGAGGAGCAGGACUCCGCCGACGCCAAAACCCUGCUGAGCUUCGACUCUGAAGACGACGCCGUCCUCUACCUCUCCAACAAGGGAAAGACCAUGACCUUUGAGCUGGACAAGAUCUUCCCGCCUCAGGCCUCGCAGGAGGAGGUGUUCCAGGAAGUCCAGUCUCUGGUCACUUCCUGUAUUGACGGCUUCAACAUCUGCAUUUUUGCUUACGGACAGACUGGCUCUGGGAAAACCUACACCAUGGAGGGCGUGGAAGGCGACCCCGGUAUCAACCAGCGAGCGCUCCGCCUGCUGUUUGACGAGGUGACGGAGAAAGCUCCGGACUGGGACUACAGGAUCACAGUGAGCCUGGUGGAGAUCUACAACGAGACGCUGCGAGACCUGCUGAGGGAGAACCCCACCGACAAGCUGGACAUCAAGAUGAAUCCGGACGGCAGCGGGCAGCUCUACGUCCCCGGACUGACGGAGAAGACGGUGCAGAGUCCUGAGGACAUCAACCGGGUGUUCGAGCUGGGUCACGCCAACAGAGCGACGGCGUGCACCAACCUGAACGAGCACAGCUCGCGCUCCCACGCGCUCCUCAUCAUCACCGUGUCCGGCUUCAACGGCGCCACCGGAACCCGGACUCAGGGCCGGCUGAACCUGGUGGACCUGGCGGGUUCGGAGCGGAUCGGGAAGUCCGGAGCCGAAGGGAGCCGGCUCCGAGAGGCUCAAUGCAUCAACAAGUCUCUGUCGGCGCUCGGUGAUGUCAUCAGCGCGCUGCGCGGCAAGCACGCCCACGUGCCGUUCAGGAACUCGCGCCUCACCUACCUGCUGCAGGACUCCCUGAGCGGCGACAGCAAAACGCUGAUGAUGGUGCAGGUCUCCCCGUUGCCCGGCAACAUGAGCGAGUCGGUCUGCUCGCUGAAGUUCGCUCAGAGGGUCCGCAGCGUCGAGCUAAGCUCCGCCUCCCUGACCUCCAAGAGACACGAGAACUCGUCCACCUCGUCCUCGCCCACACACGACAGCGUAGAGCUGGACUCCCCCCCGGUGACACCGGUACCCCUCCCCAUCUCUCGGGCCAGCAGCGCCGGCUCCACUCUGUCCUCCGCCUCCAGAACCCCCAGCAGCUCCCGCCGGAGGUCCCAGUCCCAGCUGGCUGCAGGUCUGAGCUGUAAGCGAGGAGGCGCCCCGCUGUCCGUCUGUCCUCCCCCCUCCUCUGUGUCCUCAUUCUGUGGUCUGGUUGGUUGGUUUGCAGACAGACAGGUAGACAGAGGCGGCCCGCUGGCGGGGGACGGUGGGCAGGACGACUGAAGCUGACGGCCUGAAGGACGGGUGGGCUGCUUCCUGUUGCUGAUUGGACCACGCCCUCACUGCGCCCCCGUGUGGACUGAACUGAAAUCUGUCCGUUUCCAGAAUCAGUGUUUUCUUUGAAAAUUUGCACUUUAAUGUUUUAGAUUUUGUUUUUCUGAUGAAGGUGGUUCAUGUUUUGGUUUCUAUCGUCUCAAUUCAGAUUUUGGUUUGAAGUUUGACUUUUUCUUCAAGUUUUGAGAUAAAAACUGGAACCUUUUUUUGAAGCUGGAGUGGAAUGUUUCGACGGUUUGCUUUUGAAGGACCUGACGGUGUCGCCUGCCUCUCCUGUAGCUUUCCUUUAACCAAUCAGGGUACUCCGCUCACGCCAGGCUGUCCAAUCAGAGCAAUACCAGGAAGUGUUUUCAGGUCCCCGCCUGACUCUUCUUCUGCAGUUUGUGCUUUUUUUGUAUUUCCUUUUUAAUAAAACGUUCCACCACAUCUGA